AUGUGUGCAUCGUCGACCUCCGCUUUUGACUACGAAGAUCGGUGCAAACGCAUCCUUGUGCUUGCGCCCUUCAAAUGUAAAGGGGCCGGCGACAGUCAAGAGGUAGCAAGAGCGAGGCGGGCAGCCAUUCAUCAAGCGCGAGCUGUCAUAUCAAUCAUCUCGCAGGGUGAUGAUUGCGAAGGCGUUCGGCCUGCUACUACUCAACAUGCGCUCAAUCAUGACAAUGAGGAGGGUUCCGCCAGGUUCGAAGUCUCAAUGCAAAGCUCAGAUCAAGAAGAGAAUACCCACCCCGUAGGCUGGGUCAUCGAUAACAAGUACUACACUGCUUGCGUUCAUUUUCUCGUCCAGCCGUUGCAGUUGCCGCCGCAUAUCUCGCGACGCUCACGAAUGUCAUCCAUAGAAUUCUCGCUUGGGACAACACAUCUCCAGGAAGCGGUGCAGGAUGUCAAGGCAAUCUUGGUGUGCCUUGCCGGUCUGAACGAUCCAAAAGAUCAAGAACAGCUAUCUGAAAUCCUCGACAAAUCCACGGAUACGGAAGAGCUUGAGGUAGCGAUGGUGCUAUCGUCUGGGUCAAGUCACCAUCUAGUGGUGCAAAUAGCCGGAGAAGAGCGGGCCAAUGCGAUCGCAAGCACGAAUAUGAGUAACAAGCAAUGGUGCUCUGAGGAUCUGUUCUCCACAGGAGGGUGGGAAUUUGUGGACCUAUUCCCAGGUGCCGACGGGAUAUUCUCGGACGAACACCUUCGGGAUCACGAUGGAGACGGCGAUGGCUACGCCGACUCAGCUAGUGGACGUAGUCAAGAGGACGGCGUGGAACGGGUCAGACACGCUCUCAUGUCACACAUGUGGCCAGGUCUUCAGAGGAAGCUUCCGAUUCGUCAGACGAAAGAUCUUCGCCCACCCCCCCCUUCGUCUGCACUGUCUCACGACACGGCUGGCUUCUCAUCCACUGCGGCACCGCGUUUUCUUGCAGAUGAAGGUAUGGAAGGGUGUAGUGUUGGUUCCGUAUCCGCGUCGGAAUUACCAGACGAUGUCGAUUUGCUGCUCCAAGGUCUUCCCGAUGGAUCGAUGGGAACGGGGAUGCCCCACGCUGAACCCACAGCAGAAGACGAGGCCCUAGCUUCUGCAUUUCUAGAGCAGAUCAGAUCUUUUGAGAGCAGCACCUUGGCAGAUGGUGUUCAGCAUGACGCCGCAUCGACAGCACAACGCCUUCUCGACGCACAACGCAAUCUGGAGCGCUUUCUCGAACAAGAAGACGCUAAUUGGUCCGGCACAGCAUCGGCGACAUCUAGAAGGGCGCCCGAUACCACCUUUGGGCCGUCUGCUUUCGAUGAUGACUUUGCUGAAUUUGUCAGCACGUCUGUGCCAUCCUCAACGGACGAAGCGUCAUUCGAGUUUGACAUGGGGCGCGGACUCGACCUAGUGACACUCGAGGCGCUUCAGGGUGAGGCACAGCGCGUCCGUACUAUCGGCGAUGAAGAGACCCGAGAGGUUGAGGCGGCACGCCUAGCACUAGCUCUUGCGUCGCUGCUUACUGGCUAG